AUAUAUCUUCCGAUUUGUUUCCCUCUCUUUUCCCUUUCCAUCUUUACCUUCCGCGACAUCCCCAAGCUUUUGACAGUGAUGGUGUCUAACAUCGCUAGAAAUCCUGAAAAUCCUCACCGGAAGGCUGUGGAAGCUCCCUCCGAGAUGCGAAUGCGAAAAACAUAUUUUGGAAUGUGCUUCCAGGCAAACCUACUACUCAUGCGAAGCUGAGACCUUGCUUCUCAAGCCCACCUCCGAGGAUGAGCGCGCCACUGCCAGGCUCUGGAGAACAUGUUCCCAUCAAUCCUUCAGGCCAAAACUCUUCCGCGAUUUGGCCUCCUGGAAGCUCCAUCCUUCGACUCACUCUUGAUGCUAGAUUACAGGUAUACUUCCACAAGAUGCAACACAUGGCUCCUCGUACGUGCCACCCGUCGGUAAUAAAUCAAGAGGCUCGCAUAAUUAUACAUUCUCUGUCUUCGCGCACCGAUAAGUAUCACGUUCAAAUGACAUCGAAGAGCAUCUUCCUUGCAGGAAUGGCAAAUAUUAAUUAUUCGCGUUCCGUGGCUCUGCUGGUUCACGACAUUGUAACUGAACUUCAAUGGGGUAACUGGGGUGCCAUGCGAGACUUUCAGGAAGGCGUGGAACACUUUACUACAGAGGCUAUCAAGUUCUGUUGGGCAAA